AUGCCCCCCAAGAAGGCCGUCGUUCAAGAAAAGGUCCUGCUGGGCCGUCCAGGAAACAACCUGAAGAGUGGUAUCGUUGGUCUCGCCAACGUCGGCAAGUCCACGCUCUUCCAGGCCAUUACCAAGUCGUCUCUUGGUAACCCCGCCAACUUCCCCUAUGCUACCAUUGACCCCGAAGAGGCGCGUGUCAUUGUCCCCGAUGACCGCUUCGACUGGCUGUGCGAGCACUACAAGCCCAAGUCUCAGGUUCCUGCCAACUUGACCGUCUAUGAUAUCGCCGGUCUGACCCGUGGUGCCUCCACCGGUGCCGGUCUCGGUAACGCUUUCUUGUCGCACAUCCGUGCCGUCGAUGCUAUCUUCCAGGUCGUUCGUUGCUUCGAUGAUGCCGAGAUUAUCCACGUCGAGGGUGACGUCGACCCCAUCCGUGAUCUGACCAUCAUCAGCGAGGAGCUGCGUAUCAAGGAUAUCGAGUUCGUCGAGAAGGCUCUCGAGAGCCUUCAGAAGCAGACCAAGCGUGGUGGUCAGACUCUCGAGAUGAAGAAGCUGCGUGAGGAGGAGGCUACCGUUGCCAAGGUGCUCGAGUGGCUCAAGGACGGCAAGGACGUCCGCAAGAACGAGUGGGGUCCCAAGGAGGUUGAAACCAUCAACCCCCUGAUGCUGCUCACUGCCAAGCCGGUUGUCUACCUGGUCAACCUGAGUGAGAAGGACUACAUCCGCCAGAAGAACAAGUACCUGCCCAAGGUGUUCGAGUGGAUCAAGACCAACUCUCCGGGUGACUCUCUGAUCCCCAUCUCCGUCUCGUUCGAGGAGCGUUUGACCCGCUUCGAGAGCGAUGAGGCUGCUCUGGAGGAGUGCAAGAGCCUGAACACCAAGUCGGCCCUGCCCAAGGUGAUUACCACCAUGCGUCAGGUGCUGAACCUGGCCAGUUUCUUCACCACCGGUACCGACGAGGUGCGCCAGUGGACCAUCCGUAAGGGCAUCAAGGCCCCGGCUGCUGCUGGUGUUAUCCACACCGACUUUGAGAAGACCUUUAUCCAGGCCGUUGUGUACAACUACGCGACUCUGCGUGAGUACGGAGACGAAGCUGCCGUCAAGGCCGCUGGUAAGGUGAUGACCAAGGGUAAGGAUUACGUUGUGGAGGAUGGUGAUAUUCUGUUGAUCAAGGCGGGUGCUGCCCGUGGUUAA